CUAGAUGUGCUGGUUCAACUUCAGUUAGUUAAAAAUUUAAAAUAAACGACUGUUAUUACACAGAUUAUAGCUAUUAAUAAUGUGUGGUUAUUACAUGAUUUAGUGCUUCUACAGUUUUCAUACUAUUAAUUAUAUGAAAAACUCACAUAGAUAAUAAUAUAAAGGACUAGUAGGUUCGUUAUGCAGUUCAUCAGCUGUUCUUUAAACAGUUACAGUGUUGUGAAUAGUGUGAUCACGUUUGCCUUGAUUUGUCAACAUAUUUAACUUUACCUAAUUUCUACAAUACAAGAUAUGGAACAAAAACCUGUACCCAAGGGCAGAGGUGCCCUGCUAGAGAUGCUCAAGAAGCAUAAGGAGGCCCGUUCAGCAGGUGGAGCAGGCGAACCUGUUGAGGAACAAGUUCCUCCGAAAACUAGAGGAAGAGCGAUGCUCCUACAAAAAAUUCAAGCCAUGAAGGAAAGGAAAGCUGGAGACAGUCCUGAAUUUGAGCGUCUGGCAUCCACUCCGGGCCCUUCAUCUGUUUCAUCCGAGUCAAAGAGGGGUGUUGCGGGGUUAUCAAAGGAGAUGAGUGAGAUGUCGGUCACCGCCUCUGAAACAUGCUCUUAUAGAGGUGAGGUGGGAACUCCAAUAAAAGCCACUGCCAACUACAUCUUUUUGAACGUCGACGAAGAUCGUGGCGUUUUCGAAUAUGAGGUUCGAUUUCAACCUGAUAUAGACGCCAAAUCAAACAGAAUCAAAUUGGUGAAUGAAGCUCUUGGAGAGUUAAGGACGACGAAAGUGUACGACGGUGAUGUUUGUCUUUAUCUACCUGUUAGAGUAAUUUCCGAUAAACAACAAUUCGAAAGUGUAAUACCCAACACAAACAACCCUGUUACAACAAUACUAAUUUACAAGAGAAAGAGGAAGUUGAGCGAAUGUUUACAUCUCUACAAUGUACUUUUCAAAAGGAUUAUGCACCUUUUACUUUACCAUCGGAUGGGACGAAAUUACUUCAGUCCGGAACAUAAAUACUUGGUGCCACAGCACAAGCUGGAAGUACUACCAGGGUUUUGUGUUCACGUGGACGAGAUGGAAGGUGGCUUGAUGUUGUGUUUGGAUACACAACAUCGGGUAAUCAGGUCUCAAACGGUGUAUGAAUUAUUUCAUGAAAUCAGAGCUGCCAAUCCAAGAAAUUUCCGAGAAGAAGUUACCAAAAAUGUUAUAGGAGCUUGUGUUCUUACAAAAUAUAACAAUAAAACGUACAUAAUAGACGACAUUGCAUGGAAUAUGAAUCCCAAAGAUACUUUUGAAAGCAAAAACAAAACACAAAAUAGUUUUAUUGAUUACUAUAAGGAACAUCAUAAUAUUACGAUUGAAGAUGUAGACCAGCCUUUGCUCAUCAACAGACAAGUUAGACAGGUUCAAGACUCAAAAGUUGAGCACAUGGUCUGUCUUAUUCCCGAGUUGUGUUACCUUACUGGACUCACCGAUGUGAUGAGGAACGAUUUUAAGGUGAUGAAAGAUGUCGCUGCUUUCACUCGAAUAACUCCGAACCAGCGAAUGUUGGCGUUGCGUACCUACCUCGAUAGAGUUAGACAGUCGGAACCGGCUCAAAAAGUGUUGAGUGGUUGGGGUUUAAGCCUUGCAGAUGAUACUCUUGAAUUACAAGCACGAGUUUUGCCUCAAGAAGCUGUGUAUUUCGGAGGACCUGACCCUGAAGCACGAAAAUAUACCGGGGGAUCUGAUUGGAACAAAGCCAUGGCGGAUAAUAAACUUACCGGACCUGUUAAUAUAACCAAUUGGCAAUUAUAUUACACACGAAGGGAUCAGAAAUAUGCGGCGAAUUUCGCACAGACAAUUGUGCGAUUAAGUAAAGGGAUGGGAUGUAUCAUCGGAGAUCCUCAUCAUAUUGUCUUGGACGACGAUCGGUCGGAGACUUACAUGACGUCGAUUAGGGAUAACGUGCAAAAUACCCAGGUGGCCGUGUUUAUUUGUCCAACUCUUCGUGCAGACAGAUAUUCUAUCAUAAAGAAGAUGUGUUGUGUGAAUAUCCCAGUUGCCAGUCAAGUAAUUUUAAGCAAAACACUGUCGAAUCCUCAAAAAGUGCGAACCAUAAUUCACAAAAUUGCGAUGCAAAUCACCUGCAAACUCGGUGGCACUUUGUGGAGUGUUAAAAUUCCCGUCAGUGGUUGGAUGGUUUGUGGAAUUGAUGUCUAUCAUGGUGCAAACAAUCAAUCCGUUUGUGGUUUUGUGGGUUCUAUAAACGGCUCUCUCACCAAAUAUUACAGCAAAGCUAUGUUCCAAGAUGGAGAAAUCGGGGAUUUCUUUAAAAUGCCGUUUCGAAAAAUGCUUCAAGAGAAAAAGGAUAAAGAAGGAUCGUUUCCUAGCAAGGUGAUCGUCUUUCGAGAUGGACUAGGUGAUGGUCAGUUGGAACAUUGUAAGAAAUAUGAAGUGUCACAGCUCCAGGAAGUUAUUAAAGAGUUGAACAUCGAUACGACAAUAACGUUUGUAGUUGUACAAAAACGAAUCAAUACUCGAAUAUUUCGAAUGGUUAAUGAGACAACUUUUGAUAAUCCACCUUCGGGUACUGUGGUCGAUACUAUGGUUACACGUCGACAAUUUUAUGAUUUCUUUUUGGUUCCGCAAUCGGUGCGGCAAGGUACCGUUAAUCCUACACAUUAUGUUGUUCUACUUGAUGAAGGCAAUAUCAAGCCGGAUCAUUUACAAAGACUUGCUUAUAAAUUGUGCCAUUUGUAUUAUAAUUGGUCUGGGACAAUUAGAGUACCUGCACCUUGUCUGUAUGCACAUAAGUUGGCUGCGCUAGUCGGGCAAUACAUAAAGAAAACACCAAGUACUGUAUUGGAUGACAAACUCUUUUAUUUGUAAGACAAUGUUAUUGUGACAGAGUUUUGAUUAUUUCUCGUUUUUUUAUUUUGUUUAUUUCAUUUUGUAGUGGAUUUGUUACCUUUGAUAUUCUUUAAUUAAUUUUUUAUACUGAAAAUAAUAGUGUUGACAAUAUUUGUAUUACGAAAAUAAAUGACAUUUAUUUCUA